UCCAUCCAUCCCUCUUCUCUUCCUUUGUCUCUCUGUCUUUUGACUUUUCUUUGAUUAUUUCUCUUUCUCAUCUUCAAUAUGGCAUCUUGUCAAAACUCAGGUUUUGACCAAUUAUGUCAGGAAGCUGCAAUUAUUACAAGGGAACUUGAACUCAAAGCUGCCAGUGCUGCACUUGAAGCAGCUACCAAGGAGGCUGAAGAAAUUCUACAAACCUUCAACCCUCCACCACUGAAAAAGAAGACCAAACAAGCCUGUAGCACUCGUGUCAGACCAGUCUCUUUUGUAGAGAGGGAUGAGUUUGGGCAUCUUGUGCCAAAACGGAGAAGGCCAAAACUCACCAAGGCAAACAUUUCCAAAUCUACAACGAUUAACAGUCCAGCUAUGUCAUCUUUGGAGUCUGGGCAAGUAGACAUUGAUCAUGGUGAAGUUCCAUCACAGCCUUCUCACACUGUUUGGCCAGCAGUUGAAGAUAUAGAAACUCUUCAUCAAGAGGUAGAGGAUCUGUUGGCUGAUACUGGAGACAUUCAGUGCUCAAAUCCGACCUCCUCAAACACAUGGUCAGUUCGCAUGGCCCAGGCUAAAAAGAAGUGGGCAGCUUUGAGGCCCGAGAUGGUGGAAUCUUUAUUAACAGCUGAGUACACAGAGAUCAGACCGUGCCAGCACUGCCAACUGAAGCGAUCUGUUAUCCGCUGUAAAGACUGUGUUCCUAAACAGCUGUACUGUGCAGACUGCGAUAUAUUGGCCCAUGAAAGGAAACUGCACAACCGAGAGACAGAUGUAGAGGGAUUCUUUCGGGCCAUAUCCCCGUCUACUUUGGUGAAGGUGGAUAUUGACGACCAAUUCCAUUUUGAGGAAAAAGAUUGUCUUUUGCCUCUAGAGACACCUGAUCAAAUUUGCAGCUGCGCCACUGAUACCAUUGUGGUGUCAGGAGGUAAAAAGGCUAUUCUCAUUGGAAUUGAUGGUCGCUACAACGUCAGCUUGCCAACCUUCACAUGCUCAACAUGCCAUAUGAGCAGAACGACCAGCAUCCCACACCUGAUCAAGUCUGGUUACUGGCCUGCCACAGCAAGCUGUGAAACACUUUAUAAAAUUGAUGUGUUUGUGUCAUACGACCACAUGAAAUUGACUGCUCCUGGACUUUCUAGACAGUCCUUCGUCAGUUUAUUGGAACAGCGGACGGAGUUCUUUGGCCGAGUAUUAAUUAAAUGAACUACUGAAUCAUUU